CUUUUGCAACGUAAUUAUCGCCACGUCAUAGCCGGUGUCGCUGUGUCAAAAUGGCGACUUCGUUGAGAGAAAAACAAAUUACUGCUUUAAAGCGAAUGUUGAAUUUUAACGCCCCUAUAAACAAAACAACUAAUGUUGAACCUCAGUGGAAAGUUCUUGUUUAUGAUCGUUUCGGCCAGGACAUUAUUUCGCCUCUUCUUGGAGUGAAAGAACUGCGUGACUUGGGAGUGACACUACACCUGAAUUUGCACUCUGAUCGAGACACGAUACCAGAUGUUCCAGCCGUGUACUUUGUCAUGCCAACAGACGACAAUGUCCAGAGAAUUUGCAGAGAUCUCGAAAAUCAGUUGUAUGAGUCAUACUACCUAAAUUUUAUUUCUGCCAUCCCCAGACAGAAAUUGGAAGACUUGGCAAGUACUGCCAUCAGCAGUGGCAGUGUCACACAAGUUUCUAAAGUGUUUGACCAAUAUUUGAACUUUAUUUCAUUAGAAGAUGACAUGUUUACAUUGAGACAUCAGGAUAGAGACAGUAUAUCAUACUACUCGAUCAACCGCGGAGAUGUAAAAGAUUCCGAAAUGGAACAAAUAAUGGACACUAUAGUAGAGAGUUUGUUUUCAGUAUUUGUUACAUUAGGAACAGUACCAAUUAUACGAUGCCCCAGAGGUAAUGCUGCAGAAAUGGUAGCAGAAAAGUUGGACAAAAAGUUAAGAGAAAAUCUGAGAGAUGCCCGCAAUAGUUUCUUUACAUCUGAUAGUGUUCAAGCUGGACAGUUCAGUUUUCAACGCCCUCUCUUAGUGUUGUUGGAUAGGAAUCUUGACAUAGCAACAAUGCUUCACCAUACAUGGACAUAUCAGGCACUUAGUCAUGAUGUUCUAGACUUUAAGUUGAACAGAGUUGAAAUAGAAGAAGCCUCUGAAGUAAGAUCACCUGGAGGAACAAGGCCAAUUAAAAAGAAAAAAUCAUAUGAUAUGCAUAAUACUGAUAGAUUUUGGCAGAUACAAAAGGGUAAUCCAUUUCCAACUGUAGCAGAAGCAGUUCAAGAAGAACUUGAUGCUUACCGUGCAAAGGAAGAUGAAGUGAAAAGCUUGAAAGCUGCUAUGGGAAUAGAGGGAGAGGAUGAAUCAGCUAUCAGUAUGCUGUCUGAUAAUACAGCAAAGUUAACCUCUGCUGUUAGCUCAUUACCAGAACUCCUGGAGAAGAAACGUUUGAUUGAUAUGCACACUAAUAUUGCAACAGCUCUUCUCGAUCAGAUAAAAAGUCGUAAAUUGGAUGUUUAUUUCGAAACUGAAGAAAAGCUUAUGAGUAAAGCUAUGCUUGAUAACCUAAUGGAGAUUAUAUCAGAUCCUGAAGCAGGGACACCAGAGGAUAAGCUAAGGUUAUUUCUUAUUGCUCUCAUCUGUGGGCCUACUUUGAGCGAUGGACAGAUUGAUCAGUAUAGGGAUGCUUUAGUAGCCGCUAAUUGUGAUGUGUCGGCUCUGCAAUAUAUUAGAAGAUGGAAAGCUUACACCAAGAUGACUGCAGCUCCGAGUCAAUAUGGUGGAGGAGGUACUAAAACUGUGAACAUGUUUUCAAAAUUAAUGUCACAGGGGUCACAAUUCUUCAUGGAAGGUGUGAAAAAUCUUGUGAUUAAAAGACAUAAUCUCCCUGCAACUCGUAUUGUAGAUGCGUUAAUGGAAUUGAAAACAAUGCAAGACAUUGAAGAUUAUCGUUACUUUGACCCAAAACUUCUAAGAGCAGAUUCAUCUAUUCCCCGUAACAAAUCUCCAUUCCAGGAAGCAUAUGUGUUUGUAGUAGGUGGGGGUAAUUACAUUGAGUACCAGAAUCUUGUAGACUAUGCUAAAGGAAAAUCAGCAACAUCGCCAAAAAGAGUUGUUUAUGGCUGUAGUGACUUGUCAAAUGCAUCACAGUUCCUCAAACAAUUAUCUCAUUUAGGUCAAGAAAUGUAAUACAUACAUGUGAUAGUUAUUCAUUUCAAUUUUUUGAUUU